UGUAAAGAAAAAUGGUCACUUUUCACAAAAAUAUUUGAUGUACAAUAAAAUUAUUGUAAAUCGGGGGCAUGCAAAAGUUUUUGAUGAAACAUAUAAAAUACUUUAUAUUUCCUCCAUUUCUAUUUAGUUGACGCGUUAAAUUUUGGCACAUAUAUUAAGGAGAGGAGAAAGAGUGAGAGAAAAUGAUAAAUCAAGUGGGGUACUUAAUAAAUGUAAGGUAAAAAACUUAUACUAAAAGGAAACAUGUCAACUAAAAAAAAAACUUUUAAAAAAGGAAUACGUGUUAACUUAAAUAAUAUUAAAAAAUGGUGCACAUGGGUUGACACAAAUAUCAAUGAGAAGAGAGAUAGAGAGAGUGCAAGUGGAAAAACAUGUCAAACAUAGUAUGGAGCAAUCUUUUGAAGACACUUUUAAAAAAAAUGGAACAAACAAUUAGGGACGGGGGAGGACGUGUUAACUAAAAUAAAUAUGUUACACCUCACAUUCUCACAAAGUCACAAGUCAACCUUUUCCUUUAAAUUCUCUUAGGACUUUUGGAGUACUUUAGCUCAUUUAAUAAUUAAUUUUACAUCCAUAUUAAUAUAUUGAUGGAGAAGAACAUUCAAAGUGGAGGAAGUAAAAAGUGAGAAAUGAGGUACGAGUAAAUAGUUGAGACUUUUGAGAGAUUGAGGAGAGUAACAGAAAUGAAAAAAAUCCCUUGGAGUUGAAAAUAAACGACAAGGUACGAGACUACAAGUAAGAUCGUUGGGUUCAAGCUCUAUCCUCCAGAUCUGACUUUCCAUUAUCUCAUAUCUUCACACCUCCUACUCUCCUAGCCUCCCACCAAAGUUCGAUCAUUCCAGAGAAAGGAUUGUGAACCAUCAUAUCUUCAUUAUCAGCUACUAUGGAAGCUGCAUUUCAAUCUGCCUUUGCUUCAAGUUUACUUACGAACUUAAUCAAAUUGAUUGGUAUCAUUAAAGAUGAAUACAAAAAGUUCCAAAAGGGUGAGGAAGCAGUGAAAUCGCUAGAUACUACUGCCAUAUUGGCACAGGACCUGUUGAACAGCGUAAACACAUUCCAGUUGGAUGAUGAUACACUUCGACUGAGGUUGCAGGAUCGCCUUGACACCAUGGCGAUUCUGUUCUUAGAUGCAGAGGAUUUGAUUGAAGAUGUACCAGAUUUCACUCGGAAAUCAUCUCUUUCAUCAAGGCUUAAAUCCAUGGUUAGUACUUGGGCAAAUGACAUUGAGGAGCUAGAAAGAAAACUUAAAAAAACAAUUGAGGAAGUGAAGUCCAUCAUUGAACUUACAGGUCCUGCCGAAGCUAUGGUGAUCAUGAUAAUAUUGAUACAGAGCUGUUAUUACCUUUGAUUGGAAGGGAAAAAGAAAUCGCGGAUGUCAUCCAAAGGUUGAUUACAGAUGAUGAUUUUGAUCAUGGAGUGUGCAUACUAGGUAUGGAUGGAAUUGGAAAGACAAUGCUUGCCGAAGCCACCUUGCUUGACAGAAGAAUGUUGGAGCGAUUUUGCUGCAUUCGAGUUGCUUCGAUGGAGGGAUGCUUCGAUUUCAAAGAAGCAACUCGCCAACUAAGGUUAAUUAUUGGCAACAACGGGGUCCUCCAACAACAAAAUCAAAGGCUUUUAAUCUUUUUUGACAAUUUGCUAAAUGUAGAAGUCUCUGCGUGGACCAAGUUUCGGGCUCUCAUUAAAACUCAAUUGGCUUACAAAGAGAUUAAGUUCCUCAUCACCACUUUCAAUCCGGAAGUUUCAAGAAUAACUCGCACAACUGCAUACUACUUGAAGUGUUUGUCAGACGAACAUUGCAAACAGGUCAUUGUGAAAAAGGCACUCUUGCUUAAUGAAAAAUUGCCUGAUUCGCAUUUGUCACAUAUUGCCGGCAUCCUAGCAACAAAGUGUGAAGGCUUGCCAGUGCUUGCUAGAAUUCUUGGGAUGGUGUUAGCUCAAGAUAACAUGGAUGAUUGGGCGGUAAACAGAUUGAAUAAGGACUUGCAAGAUAUGUCUGAUGUUAAAAGGGAGAUUAUUUCUAUCUUGAGGUUGAGCUAUCAUACUAUGCAACCUCGAUUGAUGGUGUGUCUCGCCUUUCUCUCAGUCUUUCCUCAUAAAUACCCCUUCAAUAUGGAUGAUUUGAUUCACCUUUUGGUAGCAGAAGGGAUACUUCAGCAGGGUGAAGGCAGAGAAUAUUUUAAUGAUUUGCAAGGCAUGUCAAUACUUCAACAUUCGGAACAUGUAAACCACACCGAAAAGCCAAAAUAUGAGUUGCACAAAUUCAGCCACAUAUUCUCUCAAUUUGAUGCUUCAAAGACAUGUUUGCGGCUUGAACAAGGGGUGUCAUCUAUAAGUGAUUCCUCAAACAUUGAAGAUGUUCGUCACUUGUCUUUGUUGUGUGGCGAUAUUCAACUUGAUAAAUGGACUCAACGUGAGAAAUUCAAACGUUUGAGGACUUUUCUUUCUCUCAAUGAUAGAAGGAUUGGUCCUGUGCCUCGCCAGCUUUUCAAGGCACUGGUGCGCCUUCGUGUACUGAAACUGAAAAAAACCGAUAUUACAGAGCUUCCAGACACCAUACAUAGGUUAAAGCGUCUACGAAAACUUGAUAUUUCCUUUACUCCUAUAACCAAAUUACCUGAAACACUCUGUAAACUUUCCAACUUGCAAUUCCUCAAUCUCACAAACACAAAUCAACUUUUCCAUUUGCCACAGCAGUUUCAAAAAUUGACUAAUCUGUUGUGUCUUGAUUGGGAAUUAAGUGACAUGAAUCGGCUUCAUCUACCAUCCCACAUUGGAAACCUUCGUAGCCUUCAGACCCUCCCUCUGUUCAUUGUGGGUGAUAGUCUUAAAGGAUAUUGUAUUUCAGAGUUGAAGAAUAUGAAUAGUCUUAAAGGGUCAAUUUGCAUCCAAUCUCUUGAAGUUGUCCAAAAUCGAGCUAUGGCAGAGGAGGCAAUGCUUUGCAACAAGUUGUUGCUAGAAAAGAUAGUAUUGCAAUGGAUGAGAUUGGUGGAUGCAACUAUUGCCGAUGAUGUACUCGCAGGCCUAGAACCUCAUGUUUGUUUGAGAGAGUUGCAUAUAAUAAACUACAGUGGCAAGUUGUUUCCGGAAUGGAUUUGUGAUCCAUCGCGAAGCCUUCAAAAGAUACACUUGAUGAAAUGUCCAUCAUGUGAGAUCUUGCCAGCACUUGGUGAGCUUCAAACUCUUAAGACUCUUGUCAUUGAAGAAUUUUCCAGUGUAACAGCUGUGGAUCGCCGCUUUUGUGGAACAUCCAGUGUUACUACGGACGUCUAUUUUCCAUCAUUGGAAUCACUGACAUUCAAGAAGUUGGUAAAACUCCAGAAUUGGACAGGAUUGGAAGUAAAUGACAUGCCUCGCCUUCGAAUUCUCAAAAUUGAGAAUUGUCCUGUGUUCAUCAACUUGCCUUCACUCAAGAAUCUUACUUCAUUAGUUGAAUUAAAGAUUGAACGUUGCCCAAAAAUGAGAUCAUUGCCAGAGCUACCUCCUUCUCUCGAGUCACUCAAGAUAAGAGAGUAAUUUACUCAAAGAUCGAUGUGCUAUUGAAUGUGAAGAUUGGAAGAAGGUAGAUUGUAUCCAUAUGUAGAGAUUGAUUACGCAAGGAUCCCAACAUCGAGUGCCAAUAAUGUCCCAACACCGCCUACUCGGCCUGUUAGGAUUAGUGUGGAGAUAGAUAAAUACAUGGAGACAUAAGGAGAUUGCAUAGAAGCUGCCUUAUUGUUAAGGUUCGACCAAACUUGUGAAAAGUUCGGUCGAACCCGGUUUUAAGUCAGUAGGUGCACCAGUUUUCAUUUCUAGAGGAGGAGUGACCAAACCCAAGGAGGUUCGACCGAACCACCCUAGGUUCGACCGAACUCUGGGUAGGUUCGGCCGAACCUCCCUGCUCCUAUUUCGUCGCUUCGUUUUCGGCUUGUGCGAUUUGCUUUAAUCUUAGCCGUUGGAUUGUAUUUUCUACCUAGACUAUAUAUACCUUUUCUAAGCCUCUUUGUUGAGUAUUCACAAACAUUUAAACACAUAGAGAGGUUUUGAGAGGGUUUGUGAGGAGCAUUUGAAUUUUCUAUACAAUUCAUGCUUGUAAUUCUUGAGUUCAUUCAUCAUCAAUAUUACUCCAUAGUGCAAGGGUGGGUUUUUUCUCCUGGUUCUCGGGUUUUCCCACGGUAA